AUCCUUCAUAAUGGGAUGUGCCACCGAGUCGCUCUGCUGGUCUAAGCUCCAGCAGGUCAACAUAUUCAGCUCGAGAGGCGGGCCUAUCUGCGGGGAGGAUGAGCUGCGGACUCGCUGCUGCUCAGCGGUCGUGAUUUCACCGAUGCGGAGCUGAGCGGACGCACAGAUAUGGUUACACGUGGAUUUUUGCGGGUGUGAGGAGCCACCGGGUGGAUUAACUAACUACACGUCGCAUGGGUGUGUGUCGGCGUCCCGGACUGCUCCGCUCUCGUUCUCAAUCCAAGACCCAGCGAUGCGCUCUUUGAAGGAAACGGGUUUCGCAGAGACAUCCGGAAAACGCAUCCAUGCGCCACGGCCGCUCCGCAUCCCGAUAUGCCUCUGACAACACAAAGCCUGGUUUCAAGGAGCCCCGUUGGGAAACCGCACAGGCAGCUCGAUAUGGGUGCGUCAACGCGGUUAUUUCGCUAUACUAGCGGGUGAGGCUUUGGGGCGCAGUUGUGCAAUGAGACAGUCAGGAAUUAUCAAGUAGACUUUAUUGAUAGGCUACAGUAUCCGACAAUAUGGCUGAUCAGAGCAACAUCCAGUCCGCCGCCUCCAAGAGUAUCCGGCCUUUUAAAUCCAGCGAAGAAUACCUGUAUGCCAUGAAAGAGGACCUGGCUGAAUGGCUGAACACCCUCUACGAUUUAGAUAUCACUGCGGACACCUUUAUGGACGGGCUGGAGACGGGCUGUGCCCUCUGUAGGCACGCCAACAACGUGAACCGCGCCGCGCAGGAGUUCCAGCUGGAAUACCCGGAGGCUGCGCAGUCCAUGAAGGUGCCAUCUAAAGAUGUUGUCUUUCAGUCACGCAAUGUUGUUUCUGGCUCGUUCGUGGCGCGGGAUAAUGUGUCCAAUUUCAUCAGCUGGUGCAGGCAGGAGCUUUGGAUCAAGGACGUCCUCAUGUUUGAGACCAACGACUUGGUGGAGAGAUGCAACGAGAAGAAUUUUGUCCUGUGCCUCCUUGAGGUGGCUCGACGAGGGUCCAAGUUUGGGAUGCUGGCCCCCAUGUUGAUCCAGCUGGAGGAGGAGAUCGAAGAGGAGAUCCGGGACCAGGAGAGCUUGCGGAUCGAUUCGGGGGAGCCAGCUGAGCAGAGCCCCCCCAGCAGGUGUUUCAGUCGGAAGGAGAGCAGCAAGAGUGUGGAGGAUGAGGAUGAGGCUGAUCCAGAGCCGUUCAUCUGGCAACAGAAGAGAGUUUUAUGUGACAUGCGAAAUUUGGAUGAGCUGGUGCGUGAGAUUCUGGGUCGAUGUUCCUGUCCAGCUCAGUUUCCCAUGAUCAAAGUGUCAGAGGGGAAGUACAAAGUGGGAGACUCCAGUGCAUUGAUCUUCAUAAGGGUCCUUCGUACUCAUGUGAUGGUGCGUGUUGGAGGGGGCUGGGACACAUUAGAGCACUAUUUGGACAAGCAUGACCCAUGUCGCUGUGCUGCUUUCGCCCACCGCUACCACCAGGCUAAAGCAAGUGGCCAAGGUCAGGGAGGCCAGAGCAAGUCCUCGAGUGCCCACUCCUCCCGCUCCACCAGCCCAGGUCCACACUGGCGAAAUGACGGCAUUGCACCAUACAAACCACCUGAUAGGCGCUCCUUGGAGCCUUCCUCUGCUCCGUGUGCGUCCUCGUCCUCCACGCGACCUGGCCGCUCUCGGAAUCCUUCCGGCACCUCUGAGCUUGACUCCGGUGGAGCGCGUACUCUACUCCCACGGCCGCCACGAGACCGCUCAGAGCCCCGCCACUUUAAUCCUCUCAGGAAUAAGGAUACAAUGUUACCACUGACAAGACGUUUGUCUGGAGACAGUGACUCCUCUACAACGUCCUCAAAGGGAGGAGGAGGGGGGCGGUACUCUCUUGGUGGCGGUUCACGGUGUUCUGGUGAAGAGGUAGUCCUGCUUGUCAAUCGCAAGGAGGGGAAGCAUAUUAUUCAAAGGCCUGCAGUUGGAAAUCAGACACCAACCUUGCGCCCCUCACUACCCCGUGCACGCAGCCAGUCUCGGGAACGUCCUGCACUCAAUCCAGUACUCAAACCCAACCCACCACAAGGAUCAACUGAAGGAUCACGGACAUCUCGCACAGAGAGGGGCCGUUCUCUUGGAAACGAGGGCCCGAGGAGGCUUCAUGCUCCACGUUCCCACAGCCAGAGUAAGUUAUCUAGUCGUACACGGUCAAGUGAUGCCAGCCCGGGACCUGCUUCACGCUACAGAGAGCCUCAGCCCCCACCCUCAGACAGACGAGAGGACCUUCGAGUCAAACAAGCGACCCCAUCCUCUCCCAGAUUGGGUGGUGGGUUCAGCAAGAGGCAGUCAUCCUCAUGCUCUAACUCACCUAUUAAAGGGGUUCAGAACAACAGCAGCAGCCCCAGCAAGAAGACUAUAACUACUCCCAGACCUCCUGCCCCUCGCUCACCUUCCAUAGGAAAAGGCAGACUACUCCCACCAGUCACCACAGGAGGUCGACGUUCACCACACUCAUCUCCCCGUAACUCACACCAUCAUGCUGCCCGUUCCCCUAGGGUCUUACAGGGCCCUCGCUCUACUGGGCAAGGCAACCACAGGAACUGGUCUGGCCUUGGGCGACAAGAGCCUGAGGAGGAAGAACUGGGCCUUGGCUUCCAGAUGCUGCCAACACUAGACCCACAGAGGGAGCAGGACCUGUAUCGCAGCUUUGAGGCUGAAUUUCUGGCCAACACACAGCAGGCUAGAGAUGUGUCUUGCAGAGCAGCAGGAGGAGGGACGUCCCUGCAGGGAUCUGGGACACAUUCUGUGGCAGCACCCAUUGAUCCUAAUGUCACUGACUCUGCUUAUUCCUCUUCUAACUCCUCCACGUCCUCCCUGAAUGUGGGGGCAAAAAUAGGAACUCUGCCUGACCUCAGGGAAUCCAAGAGAACUAAUCCCCGUCACUUUGCACUGGAGGACCCCUUAAAUUUACUUUAUGGACACAGUUUUGGAGGACCACAAAACGUUGGUCAAGGAGAGCCUGAGCGCUGGGGAGAGCGUGGAGGUCUCAAAAAACUCCCAGCCAUCUCCAGCUCCAUAGAGGAGAGGGAACUUCCAUCUUCCCUGUCUGGUCUUAGAGACACAGAGUCCAACAGACUAAUGAAUCAGGUCCCCACACAACCUGCUUUCCACUGUAGGAAUAUGAACGGAGACCAUGCAGGUUUUCCUCCUGCAAGAGGGUUGACAAUUCAGCAGGGUCAGGUUGGAUGGGGCAUGGGACCUGAAGGAGAUGUUCCUCUGGAGAAUCACCAGCCAAACUUACCUUAUGACGUGGAAAAUGGUGACAGCAGUGACGACCUUCCACCUCCAGAGGUUUGUCCGUCACCUGUGCCCCUUCCCCCCUCUGAGGAUUGCUCCUUCCAGGAUUCCUCCAGUGAAAACUCUUCCAUGUGCUUGAGCCUGAGUGAAUCCCGCUCUGAUUCUCCGCCACCAUCUUCACCCCUGGCCAAUGGGGACACUAAUGGAGAGGUGCUGCAGACUAAGAAAGGCCAAAAGAUGGGAGACAGGGUGGGCCCUAUCUCAAAGCAUAAAAUGAGAGCCAGGAUCAGGCCUCGCAUUGACAACAGGCCAGAAAAAAGCCCCUCACGUAUCCCCACCCCAGUCAGCUACAGAGAUUUACAGGCUCAUGACACGCUUUCCCCUUGCCACACCCCACCACUGUCCCCUCAGAGCUCACGCUCUUCUGGUCAUCCAGCCACAUGCAAGAGCCUGCACCAUGCCUUUGCAGAUAUGAUCCAUCCUCAACCAUGUUCUCCAGCCAUGGGCAACAAAGAUUGCUCAUACCCUGGACAGUCAGGGAGCCUGGACACUGAAGCUUGGAUGUAGCACAAAUGAUACCGGGGCUUGCUGUCAUGAACUUUGACUACUAAAAAAAAGACUUAAGACUGGGCUAUAGACUGUUUUCAUUGCAUGUCUAAUACUUCUUCUUUUUCACUUAAUUUCCCUCCUGAAUAAUUGCAGGGGGUCCAUGUUGCUUUUAAUUUGCACUCAAGCCAAAUUAUUUAUUACCAAAGGAAUGGUCUUUAAUAUUACAUUUACUGUAAUUUUAGUGUGUGCAUGGGGAUGCUUAUGCCAAUUAUGUGGGGGCUUUUUUGGUUUAUUUUUUGUUUUUUGUUUUUUUGCAGGACACUUGUGAAAUUCCCAUGCUUGAUACAGAGGAAUAGAGAGAGAACAUAUGUGCUGCCAUGUGCCCCAUUGAGGGGCAUGGUGAAGUGCCAGGGAUUUAAAGCUGCAACUCUGUAAACAUUGUAAACACUAAACCUUCAGCCACAUGGAUUGGCUCCCUCUUGUGGUUUGCCGAAGCAUCUCUGCCUGCCUUGAUAGUCAAAAUACUGGUAUAUCAGUGAUAUUUUCAGCUUCUCCAUAUCAGUGAUCUUCACAUAUGACUCAUUAUACUCAUAUUUACAAUAUACUAAUAGGAAACAUAGACAACGGUGCCCUCAUCAUCCCUCUGACUUUCUGAACAUUACAACCCUGAAUCCAAAAAUUUGGAUGCUACAAAAAAUGUAAAUAAAAACAGAACGCAGUCAUUUGCAAACAAACUGUGUUUACCAACAAUGGAUUAACAAAGUGUUCAAGAGUAGUAAUAUACUUGAAUGUGAAGCUUGCGCCAUCCUUGCUUUUGAAUGACUAUGCUCAGAUGCACCUUUCAUACAUGGUCAUGAAAUUUUCACCUGUUUAUCUCUGACCCUGUUUACCUGUGGGAUGUUCCAAACAGGUGUUUUUUGAUCAUUCUGCAACUUUCUCAGUCCAUUGUUGAUUCUGUACCAACUUGUUAGAAACUUGUUGAUGGCAUCAAAUUCUGAAUGAUAAUAUAUUUUAAAAUAAUAAUAACAAAGUUGAUGAUGUAAAACGUUAAAUAGAUUGUCUUUGUACUGUUUUCAGUUAACUAUAUAUCAAAAAGGAUCAGCAAAUGAUAACAUUUUGUUUAUUUAGGCUUUACACGGCAUCCCAGCUGUUUUGGAAUCAGGGUUGUACAUGCACCACCCAUCUCUGUACAGUCUGAUGACACCUUUUCACAACACCAAUGUAAUCAAGAUAGAUAAUAUUUGUUUUUAAAUGCUUAAUGUGUUGGAGGUUCUCAACAUUAUGUUUAAUGCAGUAACACAUUUUACUUAUAUUUCUACUUUUAAGUAGAUUAAGUGUAAAAAUAUGAGGAGCAGUGAAGGUUGUAUUACUUUGUGUCAUUGUCACUGAAACAGAAAUAUUGACAGCUCUUCCUCUGACCAAACUGUACUCUGGAAAACAAUAUUUCACACAUGCGUGUGCAAAAGUCAGAUGCUUAGGAGAAUGAAUGUGUAAAUACUGGUAUUUUGUACAUAAAAUCACGUUGAAUAUACAGUUUAAUGUACAUAUUCAAUGUAAUCUGUUCUGUGCUGCCUUAGCUAUGCAAUAUUGGUGUUGAAAAUGCCUUGACAAUUCCCUUUGCCUUAAAAUUUAGUUUGGUUUUUGAAUGUUUUUGCGCAGCAUCACUCAGAUCAAUCAGCAACGCUACAUUGCCAUCAUUAACGUUUUAUGAAAGCAAGUUGGAGAAUUUUACACACAAAAAUUUAACACUGCCAAUUUUAGUUAGAAAUUAAAAUACUUGAUGUAGGUGUACAAUUCAUUAUCAACAUAUAUAAUUUAUUGCCUCUGAGUCCUAUUAGUUGUUUUGGAACACAAAAUGUCAGAUAACCUCAUGAGGACAUGGAUUUCAAAGACAUGGCACAAUCUAUGGUGACAUCUAGUGGCUAAAGAAAGAGAUGUUUUAUUCACAGUAAAAAGAGGUACUCUUUUCCUGACAUUAUGACCUUUCUUCCAUACUUCAGUGACAUGUUCUGGUGCUGAUUAAAGCCAAUAACGACAUAUUAUAACGUGGAGUUUUGCCGAUGACGAAAGAUUCUGACUUGAGAGUCCACAUGUGUGCAACAGUGCAUGAAUAAUAGAUUCUGUAACUGGAUAUGUUCUCUUGAGAAGCUCUUGCACGGUUGACAGGAGUGUGAAAGGAAAGACUCCAGCUACUUGUGUUUUUGGUAUUUGACUGGUGUGGACUUUGUAAAAUAUAUUUGAAAGUGGAAAUGUGGGAAUCAAAGUGUUAGUGCCCUGCAGCAGCCUCUUAACCUCCAAACCAUUUUGUUGUCAGUUCAUAGAAGUUGCUCUUUUUGAUGUGUUUACAGCAGGUUUGAUAAAUGUUUCCCAGAGAGAUUGUGUGGACAAUAUUAGUAAAGUUCAGGGCACUGACACAGUGAAUAGGAUAGAAAAAAAGAAUGUGCAUAUAUUGUGUACAUACUUAAUGAGAAUAUGUAUAGUGUUGGAGUGUAGAGGGAUGAGUGAUAGCGGUCUAAUUUAUUUAUUUAUGGAAUUAAUCAUGAUUAGGCUCGAGUUACAUCUGUUUCCCAAGUCCUGUUCAGUGAGCUGUAAGUGUUUAUUGAAAUCCAAAUGAAGUGGGGCCCAAUAUGUAGAAACGAUUAAGAUUUUAAAGUUAAAGUUUUAAAGUUUUCUCAACAGUAAACUGUUAAGAUACGUAAUAAUGAGUUAGAAAUGCUGCGGAUUUAAAAACUGGUAUGAUCCUAUGGACAAACUAAACACAUUUGGGCUGUUUUGCAAUAUUCAAAGAUACACUAACUUGAUUUAAUGCUGACUCCUCAUUGCUACAGAUAAUUUAUGAUGUAUCAGUAUUGUUUUCACCUGUAUAAACUGAUUUUACACGUAUGGUCAUUGUUCUGAAUUUCAAUUUGUUUUAGUUUAUUUGAAUACAUUGGCAUGCUGAUCAACAGGUGUUUACCAAUCUACCAAUUUUGUGAACUGUGACUUCAUAUAAGCAUACCAUCACAUUCGGUUAUCCACCACAAAAAUAGUGAUUGUUCGCACGUCAUACAAAAUUCAUGAAACUCUGUCCUUCUCUCGAUCCAAAAUCAGCAAAUUCUGAAUGUUCAUGAUUGACAAUUUCUUGUUUGCUAAUGUUACUUUCACUAAAACUUCAGUUAAAUGUACAGAUUGCUUGACAUUGUGGAAUUUGUAUGUAUAAAAUAGCAAUACUGCAACAUUUCACUGUUUUUUUUUGAAGUUGAAAAUGCUGUCAGGUUGUUCUUGUAAUAAAUAUUUUCCUCUGAA